GAGGGCACUCUGCAAUCGUCAUUCGGGCCCUCAGAGAGCCUGACCAAUUGCCUUCGUCUCACGGAGCUGCGGAGUCUGAGUCCGUCCUCUCCCACCCUGACCCUCUCUUGCUUUUUCCCCAGAUGCUCACGCUCUUUCCUAUGACUUUACCAUCAUAGGAGAGGGUGGACAUAGGUGGUGUGAGGUUCAAGGCCAGGUGGAUCGGAAGGUUUUCCUUUCCUAUGACUGUGGCAACGACAAGGUCAACCUCAUCAGUGACCUGGGGAAGAAGGUGGACAACAUAAGUGCCUGGAACGUUCAGAUGACGACGCUGAAAGACGCUGGGGAGCAACUCCAGAAAAAACUGCGUGACAUUAAACUAGAGAAUUACGGGAUCAAGGGGUCUCUCCCCCUGCAGGCCAGGAUGUCUUGUGAGUGUGACGCCAGUGGACACACCAGUGGGGCCUGGCACUUCGGCUUUGAUGGACAGACGUUCCUCCUCUUUGACCCGGAGAAAGAUAUGUGGACCGUGGUUCAUGAUGCUGUCAACGAAAUGAAAGAGCAGUGGGAGAACGACAGGGAGAUGGCCAUGUUCUUAGAGAAGGUCUCACUGGGAGACUGCGGGAGCUGGCUGGAGGAGUUUUUGAAGUGCUGGGAGGAGGUGCUGGAGCCGACAGCUUCGCCAACCAUGGCCCCAGACACAGCCAAUGGGGCUAGGCCCUGGAGCUUCCCUGUGAUCCUCACCAUCUCUGUCCUACUUUGUAUCUCCUGGUUCUUUUAGAGUGACAGGUUGAAGAUCCCUCUAGGAGGACGCUCCUAAGUAUAGUCAAGUGGAACAACUCUUCCUACUGGCUGGUUAUCGGACCAAUAUGUGCUAUAUUUUUCUCUAGACCACCAGCACCUCAGACUUGAGAAAUCCAGAGGCCUCAGGAAUACUGUAUGCUCGACACCUCAUGUACUUUAUUCCCUUUGGAUUAUCCUAGUCAGCACUUUCUUCUUAACAUUUUGGGCCAUUUUCUCUUGGUGCCAACUCAUGGAAUUCCUCCCCUAACGUUUUUUGAAAAAUCUGUGUAUUUGUUCCAUGAGGAAAAGUGAGAAACAUGAGCUCAAGAGAGAAACACAGAUACACAGCCCUUACAGGGUCUUGACACGCCCCAGCGUCAGCCAGCCUGGACCAUGUGUGCGUGUGUGCCCAGCAUACUCAGGGAGGUCCUGGACCUGAACUCUGAACUGACUGCCUUCCCACACGGUUCUGCCUGGUAGAAUGUUACGUUUUGCUUCACCAUACUCCUGCCUAAGCACCUAAACUUUUUUUGUUUAAAUAAUUAUUUAACUUUAUUCAUUGUCAUUAUUAUUAUUAUUAUUUUAUUGAA